UGACUCGAGAAGCAGAGGAAGCUCUCGUAUGUUUGUUUUUUUUUUUUUCCUCUUUGCUCACCUCGUUGACUUUUACUGCGGAUGCACGCUGGCAUCACAACAUCAGAGCUCACCGAUUACGCACGGAAAGUUCAUCUCCAAGUCUACGUAUGUGUGUGUGUGUGUGUGCGUACACGCGCGCGUAUGUGUGUGUGUGUGUGUGUGUGAAUUCAACGUUCAUGUGUGCUCAGUCUGUCUGUCUAAUAGAGUGACCCCCCAGCACGCUGUUUAAAGGGAAGACAAGAGAGCUGAGUCAACGAAUCACAGGGAGAAGGAUGCAACAGUUGAUGUGCGCAAGUUGCACAGUUUUCUUGUAUUUGGAGACGACCCGCACACACGGAGGAUGGUGGCUUUGAUCUGUGUGGAGGAAGGAUCGGAUGUUUUGUUGCUUUAACCCCCUUUCAUCUGUCAGAUAAACCGAGAAUUAAAACGAGAUCCACGCGUCUGAGAAGCAGUGGAUGUUCAGCUGUAAGCCUCUCCACUCGCGCGUCUUUUUCUUACCAAAAUGGACAUUUGGACAGACAUGCAUUUGGAGGGACUUCAUGCUCUGCUGAAAUGGAGUUGAAGCGGUGGGGGAUUUCGGAUGGUCUGCGGCGGUGAGUAGCAGUGCAGCCUUGCACCAAUAUGCAUCGGAUUCUGCAGAGGAGGCGAGUGCGCAAGCUGCGGGUCGUCUGGGCUUCUCUGGCCCUGGUGGCUCUGUCUCUAGCCGCAUGCAGCGCGCUGUUUACGGCGUGGACUUGGCGACAAACGCGGGACCUGUCUCAAUCCUUUAAGAUCCUGCAAGACCGACUGGAGCAGGUCAAUACACAGAGGAAGGCCAUUGUUCAGCUCAUUCUGGAGAAGAGAGAGCUGCUGGUGGGACAGAGAGUGAAGAGAGACGGGGGGACGAUGCGAGGGAGGAAUGGAAAUGGAAAGAAAGCGGCGUCUCAUUUUGAGAUCACCAAAGUCUCCUCUCAGCAAGUGGGAGAGGGCGGAGUGAUAAAGGGUUGGGAAGAGAGGACGUUGAAUAUGAGUAAAGCGGUGAGGUACAACAAGGAACAAGGCACCUUCAUUGUGGAGAAAGCGGGCGUCUACUUCCUGUUCUGCCAGGUGUUGUUCAAUGAGCAACAGUCACAGUAUGUGAAGCUGGAAGUGGUGACAAGCGGCCUGCGGCCUCAGAGGCUGCAGUGCAUGGAGGGAUACGGGACAACUCCUUCCGCCGGGCCGCACCCUUUCCACUUCCUGAAGCCCUGCCAGGUGUCCGGCCUCCUGCGACUGGACAAAGGCACGGAGCUGCAGGCCAUCACCGGCUCGUCCUUUAGACUCCACACCGUGGGGAAUCCUUCAGCCUCGCCUCACAUCUUCAGCAUCUUUAAAGUCAACUGAAGCUUGGAAUCUUUUUCCUCACCCGAGAACAACGACAAAAAAAAAAAAAGAGAAAUCCACUUGUUUCUGUAUGGAUGAGAUUCAUUUGUUGUUUUUUUUACCCCCCCUGGUUAAACAGUCAUAAGCAGCCGCGGGCAUCACAUCGUGACACAGCCUCUUCCCAAAGACGUUAAUUUGAAAGACUAACCUGACAUUUGUGGAAGUUGUUGUGGAAUUUUUUCCUCUGGACAGCGGUGCUGUUUUGUAACGCAAAACACAGACUUCUGGAUUAAAACCAAGACCCGGAGUGGACGAAAUGCCUCGAUGAAUGUCUGCCGAGAGAACAGAUGUGAUGGAAGCUGUUCUGUAGAUAAAGGGCUUGAUAUAAAAAGAAAAAAAAAUACUUGGAUGUUCAUCUUAGCCUUUGUAUCUUGUAAUAAAUUGUGCUUACACUCUCUUUAUAAGACUGACAGUAAAGCUGUGCAUGCACCUUCCACUUUUAUAUCACCCAGUGCCUCAAGAAGCUGAGCGCACGUCUGCAAGCGUCAGAUCUCGACACUAUAAAGAGCCUACAUGAGUCGAUAUUUUAUACAAUGCAGCGUCUGUUUGUGUGUGUGUGUGUGUGAGUGUGUGUGUGUUUGUGAAAUCAACAUCUUUAUACUGAUUUUAUGAUCUUUACAAUGCAACGUGUGUGUGAAAUUACUGCCUUUUUCUUUAAAUACUUUGUAUAUACUUCACUUUUUUAUAUAAAUAUAUAUAUAUAUACUGUAUGUGCAUAUCAAGUCAGGAGCUGGCGAAGAAAGGGGAACAUUUUAAAUAACAUGGAUGUGAAUUUGUGCUCUUUUCUAAGGUCAAAUUUGAUUGUAAGGUAUUUUUAUGUAUAGUAUUGGCUUUACUUUUGUCGAGUAGCUGCAAGUUAUAUCAAGGAAAGCGCACAGCUUUAAUCACAGCUCUCUCUUUUUUUUCUGCUUCCUCCUUCCAAGCCACCUUGUGUAAAUCGUUAAUUUGCCAUCGGUCGUUAAAGAGUAUUUGCAGAUGCCCUCAUAUGUCCAAAGCCUUAGAUAUUAAAUAUUACACAGAUUUUGAAUUGAAAUGAGUUUUAUUUUUUCUGCGACUAACAGAUCAUUAUGAAAAGUCUUAAUAUCAGCCUACAGCGAAACAAAUCACGGCUCGGCUCUGCAAGGCUUAAGGCACAACAGUGAGCUAAAUUGUUAAUAAUGUUCAUCUUCGUUUUAUUUCACCAUAGGAUGCCUGCUAAUGAGCACUAAACCCAAAGUACAGCUGCGGCUGUGGCAUUAGCUUUGAUGACUGAGCUAGAAGAAAGUUCAGGGGAUCAUGAUUCAUCCUCUGGGGAGCAUGAAUGUCUCUCUUUUUUAGCUGUGUUAGGCUUAUUUUGUCAUAAAAGAACAUAGACCUGAUGACUGGGCUAGAAAAAAGUUCAGGGGAUCAUGAUUCGUCCUCUGGGGAGCAUGAAUUGUCAUAAAACAACUUAAAUAUUAAAACUUAGACCUGAUGAUUGGGCUAGAAAAAAGUUCAGAGUAUCAGAAUUCAUGUCAAUCCAUCAAAUAGCUGUUGAGAUAUUUUCAAAUUGGCCGACCAACCAUCCGUGAAGCUGUUAGCGUACCUAAAAAAAAA